UCCACACUCACCCCCGGUUUUCAGGUCUUUUACUCCUUUGGAAACCACUGCGCUGCCCACCUUUAUAUUAACCUUAAUCUUUCCCUUCUCCUUCUCCUCCUUCUCCCUCGAUCUCUUUCAGAAAUAUAAUUACGAUGAGGAUGAGCUGUAAUGGCUGCAGGGUCCUGCGUAAGGGCUGCACCGAAAACUGCACCAUUAGACCUUGUCUUCAAUGGAUCAAGUCCUCUGAUUCUCAAGCCAAUGCUACUCUCUUCCUUGCCAAAUUCUAUGGCCGAGCUGGUCUCCUCAACCUAAUUGAAGCCGGCCCCGAAAACCUUCGCCCUGCUAUUUUUAGGUCACUUUUAUACGAGGCCUGUGGGCGUGUGGUAAAUCCAGUUUAUGGGUCAAUUGGGAUGCUUUGGUCCGGGAACUGGGGUGAGUGCCAAGCAGCCGUUGAUGCUGUGCUGAAAGGCUCCCCCAUAACCCAAACUUCAUCAUCUUUGGAAUCAGUUGAAGAAGAGCAACCGAUUUCCCCUCUCAAGACAUACGACAUCCGCCAUGUCUUCAAGGACACCAAACCAGCUGCAGCAGCAGACAUCGACAAGGUCAAGACCCGCACUCGUUUCAAGCGAUCCAGGACUCGCUCCAAGCGACAGGUGGUUGACUCGUGGAUGAGCCAACUCGGAAAUGGUGACAGCAAAGAAGAUGAGAGCACCUUCUCUGUGGAGACCGUGGAGGGUUCGCUGGUAAACCACGCCAAAAGGGCUCCUAUCUUGAAGUUUGAGGAUAGUAGUAAUGUUGGCUUAGAACUCACUCUUGCUUUGCUUCCUGAGGCGACGCACUUAGGAUGAAAUAAUCCACCCUUAAACAAAAAAUGAAUCCUCCUUUUUUUGCUUCUUUCAUUAUAGAUUGAAGAAAUUUUGGCGGCUAUAAAACUAUCACCUCUAGUUUCAACCUCAUCAUAUGAUAGAAUAUUAGAAUGCUGCAAGUAUUUUAAACUUUGUCUGUUUGGGUCAAAAACAAAUGUUGAUGGGUUCCCUUUUAUUUUAAAGACAGCUAUAUGAAGUUGAUAGAAUUAUUGAA